CACGAUGGAGGCCCAAAAAGAAGGCAGCCCACAACAACUCACUUCCUGGUUUCCUCGCGUUUCGGUCGUUAUACUAUCCCGCGAACCAAACAGCAGAACUAAAAAAAAAAACAAAAAGAGAAAGAAAAUAUUAUUAUUAUUAAUAAAGCAGCAAAUUAUGGAUUUGUUUAUUGAUUACCUCACCUUCCAUUUUUACUCAAGUGAUUUGGAAUCCCUCCUACAACACAGGUAAACUCAGAACGAUUAUCGUACAAGGAAUUAUAAUAGGAUAGUGUAAAGGAGUUUGUAGAUCCAUUUGUGCAGGAUGAGCUGCCAGGAUCAACGGGCUAGCUUAUCUUCUUUAGCAGACCCCCCUAUGACGUGGAAACGUGGGCGUCCACACAAGGAUGAGAGUGUUCAAGGGGACAACACACUUGUAGCACCUGCAUCUGACAGUCUGAAGAAAAAAAAGCAGAUUGUUGGAACAAGUAACCCUGCCUCUGAGAACGUGGUAGGUCAGAUGGUUUCUGGUGUCAUCGAAGGUUCAUUUGAUGCUGGAUAUCUUCUUAAUGUUAAAGUAGGUGAUACCAACACGCAUCUUAGAGGUGUUAUAUUUCUACCAGGGCGAUUCACUCCAGUUAGUGCUGCAAAUGAUGUGGCUCGAUAUGCUAAGAUGUACAAAAGAAAAGAGAUGCCUAUCCCAUUUGUAAACCCUCAAGGUCAGCUCCAUGCUGUGAGUCGUCCAUCUGGGAAAAGUGAGAAGCCUGUUGGCCAUAAAAAUGACGAACCUAACCUUCCAGACCAAGGUCUACAUACUGUGCUUCAAUCUGGUGCCACUGCUGCUACUGAGAGCCAAUUUGCCUCUAUUCUAAUUCCUCUAGCUGGUAACUUGCCAAUAAAUGACACUGGUCUUCCCCUGGGACAAAAGGUCCUGCAAGAACGAAUCUUUGAUUCUGGAUUGCAGAAUGAUAAAGCCGUUGGACAUAAUCAAUCACUGCAGGGAUUUGAAGCCUUCAAACAGAUGAAGGGACUAAUUAUUAACGCAGAGGCACCUAAAGCAUCUGAGCCAGUGUCUGCAACAUUUACUGCUACUUUGCCAGCUGCCAAGACUGUAAAUCUGAAGCCUCAAGUUGAACACCAGGCCGUGAGUUCUGAUCUUAAGCCACAGGAAUUGGUUCAUGAUGAUGUGAAAAUCCUUUACCUUGGCAACGACCAAACUCCCAUAUUUUCUGAACUUGAACCUAAAGCCAUGCCUUGUGAACCCACUGGAAUCAACAUGUUCGAAAAACAGGCUUCGUCAAGGCGAGAUCUAGAUACUUCACAUGAUACUCGAUUGGAGCUUGCUAAGAAGAUUAUUAGUGGAGAUGAGGCAUCUAACAUGGAUGGAUUAUCUGCUAAUGAUGCUGCAACAACUACUGUGACAACUCCAUGCUCUGAAUCAAUGACCAGCCUACCAAUAAUGAUAUUUGGGGUAGAAACUAUUCUAUCUGAACCCAAGCCUGCUGCUGAAAAAUCUGUUCUUCCAAGAAUGAUUGUACCUGAAGUUAGUAGUUCCUUAAGGCCUGCCAACACCAAUAGUGUGGAAUCUAAUGCGAAAGAUGCCAUUCCACCAGCACAGUCUUAGUUUUCGAGUUGUGAAACUAGAACGAGCCUUAAAAAUCAAGGCUUGAAGGACCAAUGCAAAUCAUGACUGAGAAUAGUUGAGAGUUUAAGGCAAAUAGGCACUUUGUCUCUAAUUUGGAUUAUUUGUAAUGGUUACUGUUUGCAAUCGCACUUGGUGAAUUCAUAUCGAAAAUUAAAUUUCAACUUGAUCAAAAUAUUUGAUGUAAAAAGCAUUGAAUUUGGUUUAAUCA